GUUUAAUUUUUUAAAACUGUCCCUUCUCGUCACAUAAUACCUAUCUAUCAAUUUAAUAUUUUUGCUCUAAAAUCGUUACCGGGCUCUUAAUGCUUUAAACAUGAUUUCGUCUUGAUCCAUAGUUUUUUUAACAUUAGGCUAUAUAAUAUUGCACUGCAUCCAAUAGUUUGUGACACUUACUUAGACAUCUUAAAAUUAAGUAAUUUAAAUAUGUUCGUCACGUCUUUAGAAAACUUCAAAUUGAAAUGAAUAAUACGUAUAUAGAAUUGUUUAAUGUAAGGCAGGUUUGUAAGAUAUUACAAGCCUCGAUACUCGACAAUUAGGUCAAAAUAUCACCAUUCAUACAAGCAAAUACUCACCUCCUAAAGAAGCAAAGGAAUUUCGACAUUUCACAAACAUGAACGAGAUUAAACUAAUCUCUCUGCAUUAUCGAAAGUUGCACAACUCCCUAAUCUUAAAACUGUCAAUUUUCUAUGAUACCUUCCGAUCGAAUACUCCCAUGUUAUCUCAAUACCGCUAUCUCAAGCAGAUCUGUAGGACUAAGUUUUAGUACGUAACUCGCGAAUGUCCAUGUGACUGCGUGUCACCGCUCAAGAACGGUUCGCAGGGUCUACGCUGUAUCUAGAAUAGCCAAAAUGGAUAGACCUAGCACGAGCCAGCAGUCGGAAAAAUAUUCUGUGCCCAGGCUAGAUAAACUCCCGACUAGUUCUACGCAGUCUGUGGACAAGGUUGAAAUGUUUGAAGUGAGAGAGCAUGUGCCGUAUCAAGCGGAGGUCACUCGGGCACCAGGCGCUUAUGACGCGGAGAGCGGUGACGUUUAUACCAACUCCUGGGAUUCCGCAUGGUUGGCCAUUUGUCAAUUGCUGAACCUCCUUCACCAUAUGCAGGUGGCCAUCGUCGUGUUCUGUAUAUGGCACUUCGCGUUGACUGUAGAACCCAGUGGGACCAUCAGCAAUCUUCAACUCCAUAUGAUUUUCGCAGGAACCGGCUACCAGUUGUUCCUAGUAGAAGCGGUCCUGACGCUCCACCGACACAACUCCUGGUCGUUCCAACUAUCCCAGGAUGGGAAACGUGUGGUCCACGGCUGCUUGCAGCUUAUCGGCUCCUUAUUCGUCAUUGUGGGCUCUUUCCUGGCUUUAGCUGAGACUGACAUGACUGUUAACACACCUCAUGGAUAUUGCGGUGUUAUCGCACUGGCGUUCUCCCUAGCUAGCUUCAUCUCCGGAAUUAUAGCACUUUUCUCUUCGAAAGUACGUCUGAUGAUCAGGAGCGGACCAGUCAAGAUCCUCCACAUCGCGCUUGGCUUAAUUGCUCUCUCCAUGGGCCUCAUCACAAUAGCCAUAGGGCUCAAUAUGGAUUACUUCAGCGCCGCAAACCCUGGUUUGUCCACGGCUCUGAUGUGUUUUGUGGUGUUCACCCUGCUCUAUAUUAUUGUUCAGCCGAUUAUCAAUUUGAUAUCCACUACUAGGAAAACCCUGUGACUAAGUAAAAAGGCAGGGUCUUCCGACGGUGAGAGUAUGGUAAGCAGGCUGUAGGUUUAAGUGUAGAAAAAAAGGGGCGUGGGAUAAUAUGUUUUCAUCACACUUGCUUUAAAAGGUGUUAUUUACAGGUAGGCGAUACUAACGAAGUGGGAGCAGGAAGCCGAUUUCUUAAUGUGGCAACACUCUGUGGUCGUAUUAGGAGAUCGGUUCCCUACCCUUAUUUUUAGGAUAAAAAUUGAAGUGUCGGAUUACUGGUUCCCCGUCGGUCACAGGUGCCACUGCGGUAUUGUGUAUUUUUUCCCAUUCAUAAAUCAUAAGGAAACAUAAAAUAAGUUCGUUUGAUUAAUCGACUUAAUCGACUUAGUUUGCUUCAUCUUUCUCAUGAAUCCUCCGAAAAUUUAAUCGAUUAUAUUUGGACUUGAACGUAUCUGGGAACUGCAUUUCGCAAAAUCAAAGAAGGUAUCAUACAGGACAUUGGCAUCGUAAUCAAAGAUUUUAAAAGUAAUAGAAAAAAGUAUAUUUCGUAUUUAAUACAUCUUUCUUGUGGUCAGCUGAGCGUAUUGUUUAUUAUUUUCGUUAUUUAAUUUAAUUGUGAAUAAAAUAACACUUUUUUCCACGCCCUUUUAAUAGUUACUUAUAAAGAUAAGUAUUACAUUUAUUUAUUAAUAAUUAAUCGGUUGAUGUAAGGUACCUAACAUAAACCAAACGCAUUUAUUUUUAAGUUUUUAUUUAUUAUGCUCUUGGAC